UAACCUAUUUUUAUACAAAUUCGGAUUUAUUCGAUGCUACAAUUGUUCGUACACGCGAAACUCAAGGAAAUAACUCAACUUUCCUCAAUCAACAUCACUCAUAUUCACAAAAACAACAAUCUUCUUGCAUUUCUCUCUCUUUCUCAAUCUCUCUCUCUCUCUCUCAUGAGCUUCUUCACCUCUUGAAUACACAAUGCCAAGCAAGCUCAAGAAGGCCAUUGCUGCCGUGAAAGACCAAACGAGCAUCAGCCUCGCCAAGGUCUCGAGCAAGGACUCCUCGAAUCUCGAGGUCGCGGUGCUGAAGGCCACGAGCCACGAGGAUGUCCCCGUCGACGAGAAGUACGUCUACGAGGUCCUCCGGCUCGUGUCCUCCAACAAGAUCCACGCGGCGGCCUGCGCGCGGGCCAUCGGCAAGCGCAUAGGCCGCACGCGCAACUGGAUCGUCGCCCUGAAGUCCCUGAUGCUGGUGCUCAGGAUCUUCCAGGACGGCGACCCCUACUUCCCGCGGGAGGUCCUCCACGCGAUGAAGCGCGGGGCCAAGAUCCUCAACCUCUCGAGCUUCCGCGACGACUCCAACUCGAGCCCGUGGGACUUCACGUCCUUCGUCCGCACCUUCGCCCUCUACCUCGACGAGCGCCUCGACUGCUUCCUCACGGGGAAGCUCCAGCGCCGCCAGGCGCUGGAGGAGGGCUCCUCGCCCUCGGCUGCGGCUUCCUCGGUCUUCCAGAGGAGCCGAAGCCGGAUCAUCAGCUCCACCGAGCCCGUUCGGGACAUGAAGCCGGCGAUGCUCCUCGACAAGAUGUCGUACUGGCAACGCCUGAUGGAUCGGGCGCUCGCCACGCGGCCCACGGGGUCCGCUCGAACGAACCGGCUCGUCCACGUGGCGCUCUACGCCAUACUCAAAGAAAGCUUCGAUCUUUACAAAGAUAUAUCCGAGGGACUUUCCCAAAUUCUUGAUAGCUUCUUCCAUUUGCAAUACCAAAACUGUGUGAUGGCAUUUCAAACUUGCAUCAAAGCUGUGAAGCAAUAUGAAGAAAUCUCUGCUUUCUUCAGCCUUUGCAAAAGCUUAGGGAUCGGAAAAAUGUCCGAGUAUCCGAGCGUGCAGGCGAUCUCCGAGGAAUUGAUCGAAUCUCUUCAAGAAUUCUUGAAGGAUCAAUCAUCCUUCGCAAACAAGCCGGUGGUGGUGAGCCAGAUCACCGCACAGGCGCUGCCGCCGCCGGUGCGGACGAGGUCCAUCCGGCGCGACAGCUACGGCGCGCUGUCGGACUUCUCGGCCACGACGGACGGCUACUCCGACGAGGCGUCCGAGGCCGGGUCCCAGGCCGGGGGCGCCUCGCUGGAGGAGCUGAUCCGGGCGGCCGGGACGUGGAAGAGCCGCGGCAUCUCCAUCGAUCUCGAGGCCUACUCGUCGUUCAAGCCCGACGACGUGUUCGGAGUGAGCGACACCGGCUCCAGCCGGUCGCUGCCGGUGACGAGCUCCGCCGACCUGAUGUCGCUCGACGAUUGGUCGUCGGAGGACGACGGCGGCGACGAAGACGAUCAGGGUCGAAAGCGGAAGGAGAAAUUGGCAUCGUUGGUUUCGAAGAAUUGGGAAACUAUGCUAGCUGAAGCCACGUCAUCGGCUGCGGCGACGCCUCUCAUAGACAUUAAUACAAACACCUUCUGUGCAUUCCCUGAAACCUCGCCGGCCACACAGAAUCUGGACCUAUUCGAGGCGGCGGCGGCGUCUGAGGCGCCGCAGCCGGAAUUGCAAACGCCGGUGGAUCAGCUCUACAAUCCGUUUCUAGAGGACUUAACGGAAUUGGCGCCGGCGCCGACGUUUCAAGCGACGCCGACGUUUUCUGCGGAGAAUCCGAGCGUUAAUUCGGUUGAAGAUGAUCCUUUUGCUUCUUGGGCUGAUUUUUCCGGCGAUCAAGCGGGCGGCGGCGGUGGCAGCGACAGCGUGGAUCAGCAGAAUUUGCAGGAGCAGCAGCAGUUGUGGCUGCAAAAUCAGAAUAAGAUUCUAGCGAAGAAUUUGUCUUAGUUAGUUAAUAGUGUAGUGUGGAUUCAUUGUGACUGUAAUUUUUGUUCUAGAAAUUUGAAUCUAUUCUAAGAGUUUUUUUUUUUUUGUGAAUUAUAUAAAUAAAUGAAGAAAUUUAAUAACUGCACCUCUAA